AUGGAUGCAAUGAGAGGACAAGGAGGCAUUCAGAUGUUGCUAACUGCAGAACAAGAGGCUCAACAAAUUGUUUCAGCUGCUAAAAAUAGCAAAAUGGCCAAGUUGAGACUGGCCAAAGAAGAAGCUGAAGGCGAAAUAGGACAAUAUCGUGCGAAUUUGGAAGCAGAGUACCAAAGGAACAUAUCUGAGAAAAGUGGGAACUCCGACUUCACAUUGAAACGUCUUGAGACAGAAACUGAGACCAAAAUUCGGGACUUGAAGGACUCUGCCUCAAAAGUAUCGGCAGAUGUUGUUGCAAUGCUCAUCAAGUACAUUACAACUGUGAAAAAUUGA